GGUAGCCUACACAGUUGGUGGCCAGCACGGACCCUAUCAUUGUGGUUCAGUGGAGUAGUUGGGGCUGCCUUUGCAAUAUUUGCACAGUGUGGUGUCCUCUUUACCGUCUCACCACCAGCAACAAUAUUUCCAGAGAUUAAUUAUUCAAGGAUUGCCUGUCAAGGGGGAGCCACCUGAUAGCAAGGACCUCAGGAGAGCCAAAAACAUUACAGCUGGAUAUCAGGUGAAACGAUACACCCCACUGCUUCAUCUCUUUCUCCUCCUCCUCCUCCUCCGUCCUCCCUCCUUCAUUUCCACUCUUUUGAUGUAAAGGGUAACUGAACACUUGAAAGAAAACACCAACUACUCCCGCUUGUUUUUUUUUCCUCUGUAAAGCUGUCUUCUGUUUUUUUCUCUCCAAUGCUCGUCACCAGCAAGCAGUUGAAUAUCGGUCGCUCCCACAGUUGGGACACCCUGGGGGGGAAUGAGGGUCAGUGGGCCGGGGGAGAAAGCGUUUACGACCACCAAGGCAGGAUUGCGGGCCGACGGAACUCGCUGUCUUACAGGGGAGACGGAGGAGGUUACUACGAGCCACCCCCUGGGGUGCGUCCUCCUGACCUGGAUCUGAAACGAGACCCCUACUCCUACCAGGACUCUCUGUACAGCCAGCAGGGCUACGCUGCUGAUCCCCGGGAAAUGAGAAAGGGCUCAGUCCCUGAGCUAAACCACUACGACCGUCCAACCAUGGCUUAUAGUCACCAAGGAUCCAUCGCCUCCCAGGAAUAUUAUCCCCAUGACCCUGCUAUGGCUCCCCGACCACCGGAGGAUCCUCGUGGCUUCUACCGGGUGGAACAGCAGCCGCAGCAGCCACAGCCUCACCCGCUCAACAGAUCCCCGUCCCACUACGGGAUGAGCCCAGUGGGACGGCCGCCUUGGGACCAGGGACAGGGAGGGAGGCCCGGACCUCCGUGUCCUUCAUCGGCGUCUCCUCUUCCUCCUCCCCCUCCUCCGCCAACUGCCCAUGGCAUGAACCAGGUUUACAGUCAGCCUGCAGCUGUAGCCACCGCUGCCAAGAUGAUGCCAGAUGGCCAGCGCUCUCCUGCUCGCUAUGGGAUGGAACAACCAUCUUCACCUCGGUACGCAUCUGAGCCACCCCCUCUAGCCGGCCAGCCGGUCUACACCGACAUCAAUGGCCGUCCCCUGGACCAUCGGCAGCAGCAGCCUGCAGCCACCUGCCUAGUGGUGGAUCCUAACACUCAGGGGCUGGACGGGAGCAUGCAGCAGCGAGGUAUGAUGAUGAGGCAGGAUUGCACCUCGCCCUACGGAGUACAACAACAACCUCCACAGCCCAACAUGCAGGUCUACAACCCCAACCCUCCUCUCGCCGCACCUGCUCCUGCACCUCUUCCUCUUCCUCCCCCACCAGCACCAGUAGCCCUUCCACCUCCCACAGCCCCCCAGACGCCUGCAGCCCCAGUGGACCCCAAGAGGAACGCAGACCCAGAGUUCCUGGCUCUGCUUCGCAACGAGGGUCUCUCGGAGAGUACCAUCUCCUCACUCAUCCAGCAGGGCUUUGACACAACCGGCAUGCUGGCAGUCAUGGAGGAGAAUGACGUGCGCUCUGUGGCUCCCAACCUAGGGCAGGCACGGGUGCUGUCGCGGGUAGCCAUCAGUGUCAAGAGGCCCUUAGAGCCUCCGCAUACGCCCCAGCAACAGGCCCCCACGCGGGGUCGCUCCAACAGCUUCAGCCACCGCUCUGACAUGUACCACCAACAGCAGCAGCAGACCAUGGCCAUGGGCAUGGAUCCACGGACCCCUGGUGCCAUGCAGACCAUCUCCCCCGCGAUGGCCGAGGCCAUGGCCAGGAGGCCCAACAGCGCUCCCUCUCAGCACCUCCUAGAAACAACCCAGGGCUACCCAGGACCUCGUACCCCGGGGCCCUACAGUGGCGCCAUGGUCCCUGUCCAGUCCCGGCCCAUGUCUGCAUACUCCCAACACCCGGGUGUCCCCAUGCAUCCGGGCAUGCAGAUGAUGGCUGCCAUGCCCCAGCACCAGCAGAUGCCAGGGGCUGCAAUGCAAGCCAUGCAACAACAGCAGAUGCCAGUGUCCAUGCCUGCCCUGCCGCCUCCUCAGCAGGCCCCGAAGGCGUACUCCACCAACUACACGGUGCCCAUGGAGCUGAUGAAGCGGGACCGCAGCCUGCAACCCAUGUCGCCCAUGCACAGCCCCCACCUCAGCCCUCAGAUGAUGCGCAAGGCUGGGGGUACCCCGUCCGAUGGAGCCAUGAUGCCCGUGGGUACCACCAUGCAGAGUGCUAUGGCCGCCAACCAGAAACUUAGCCGCCGUACCGGCCCACCUGUCAUCGUCUCCACCAUGGCAUCACCAGAUACAAGUAUCCGGCCCCAGAUCAUGAAUGGGCCGAUGCACCCUCGCCCCCUAGUGGCCCUGCUGGAUGGGCGUGACUGUACAGUAGAGAUGCCCAUCCUCAAAGACCUGGCCACCGUCGCCUUCUGUGACGCCCAGUCCACCCAGGAGAUCCAUGAGAAGGUGCUGAACGAGGCAGUAGGUGCCAUGAUGUAUCACACCAUCACCUUGACCAGAGAAGACCUGGAGAAAUUCAAGGCUCUACGCAUUAUCAUCCGCAUCGGCAGUGGCUACGACAACAUCGACAUCAAGGCAGCCGGAGAGAUGGGCAUCGCGGUGUGUAACAUCCCGUCGGCAGCGGUGGAGGAGACGGCAGACUCCACUCUGUGCCACAUUCUCAACCUGUACCGGCGGAACACCUGGCUGUACCAGGCUCUUCGGGAGGGCACACGGGUCCAAAGCGUGGAGCAGAUCAGAGAAGUGGCGUCCGGAGCCGCCAGGAUCCGAGGAGAAACGCUGGGCCUCAUCGGCUUUGGUCGUUCAGGGCAGGCGGUGGCGGUGCGGGCCAAGGUGUUUGGCUUCAACGUGAUCUUCUACGACCCCUACCUGCAGGACGGCCUUGAGCGUUCGCUGGGUGUUCAGCGUGUCUACACUCUGCAAGACCUGCUCUACCAGAGUGACUGUGUCUCCCUGCACUGCAACCUGAACGAACACAACCACCACCUCAUCAACGACUUCACCAUCAAACAGAUGCGUCAGGGUGCGUUCCUGGUGAACUCUGCUCGGGGAGGUCUGGUUGAUGAGAAGGCCUUGGCUCAGGCCCUGAAAGAGGGCAGGGUACGGGGGGCCGCCCUGGACGUCCAUGAGUCAGAACCCUUCAGUUUUACCCAGGGUCCUCUGAAGGAUGCGCCUAACCUGAUCUGUACUCCUCACACGGCCUGGUACAGUGAACAGGCCUCACUAGAGAUGAGAGAGGCCGCAGCCACAGAGAUACGCAGAGCCGUCACUGGCCGUAUCCCUGACAGUUUGCGAAACUGUGUCAACAAGGAGUUCUUUGUUACCACAGCUCCCUGGACAGUGGAACAGCAGCAGAUGCAGCAGCAAAUGCAGCAGCAAAUGCACCCCGAACUCAACGGUGCCGCGUACAGGUACCCCCCUGGUGUGGUGGGUGUGGCCUCGGGUGGGAUCCCUGGGCCGAUGGAGGGGAUGAUGCCCGGGGGGGUGCCCAUCACCCACACCCUGCCCUCUGGUACCCACCCCUCCCAGGCCCCCUCCCCCAACCAACCCUCCAAACAAGGGGAGCCCAUGAGACAGCACAUGACCGAGCCAUAACUCUGCAUCCAGGGAGGAAGGAGUUCAUAUAUACACAACCGACCAACUGACCCACCCACUCUUAGACCAGCAGACUGAUCGUUAGGGUUCACACAGAACACCGGAACCAAGUGGGGACAGUGAAUAUAUUCACAACUGACACUCCAAAGUGGAGUCCGUCAAAACUCAUGUUCCAAGGAUCUGAACUUUUCACUUUUUUUCCUUUGUUUUAGUUUUGAUUCAGUUUAAGUGUUUACUCAUUUUUUUAUUUUUGAGCAUUUGUUGGAAGAUUCCUGUGUUCUGGGACACGUUGUUACUGAGUGCCAGAGUUAAGGCCCGCCCAUCUUGACUGACCCACCAAUGGGAGAGCUUGGAAGGACAAUGACAUCAUCUGUUACUGGCCAGCUCCAACCCCACCUUGCCCCAUUCUUCAUUUCAGUUCAGUCCACGUGUGUCUGUGUGUUUUUCUUUCACCUGUUCUGAGACCACCCUACAAGUGAAUAUCUGUCUUUCUGUUCUUCAAUGUGAAAAAAAUAAAUGAUUAUAAAAUGACAUAUAUUUAUCAGACAGUAGAAAAAGACAAUUGGUGUUGCCAGUGGCAUCGGCAGUCUCAAUGGGGACCUCUAAACCCUUUCCUAGUCCAUCUCUCUCACCCUGUAGACUGCUGGCUCAUGAAUUUACAGACAGUAAUGAUGGACACAUCAGGGUUGCCAGAUCUCUUGAGUCUCAUGACCAGUACGAGACAACAACAAUAAGCCCAAAUUGCCAUUCUGAAGAAUCAAAACAAAACUCAAUUUAAGUGAAUAUGGGACCUGAAACCCUUAUUUUAAUUUGUCCAUUGUGAACAUCUCUCAACCCCUGAGAACACCCGAAGUAUUAUAGAGAAGAUUUAGUUCUGGUAAUAUAGCUUUUUAGUCAUUUAGUUUCUCUAAAGAGCUUCUUCAAAGAUCCAGGUUCUGAUGCACAAGGGGGAGAGAGACUAGUGUUAAAAAGGUUAUGAUCGCAAUUUCAGACAAUGUGAAGUUUUAACUAUUGAUUAAUUGCCUUUCAUUCCGACUUCAGAUUCAGUAAUAACGUGGUGGUCUGUCACUAAAAUAUUGAAAUAAGAAAUGCAUGCACCUCUGCUUUUACCUGGACCUCUACAUCAUGGAUUUGGACAUUGUCACGGGUGUUUGUAUACUAGAGGGACCUCUUAAAAUGUCCUGUUUUUUCUCACCAAAAGGACUUACAAAGUAGCACCAGCCAGACAGGAAAGGGUUUGGAAAGUGAGGUUACUGACUCAGGAAAAAUAACUUUUGCAGAUAUUAUCUUUUUCCCAAAUUCUGUCUGAAAGAAAAAAAAGUCUGGAUCGUUCCGCGUGUUUCCACCUUUUCUUCAUUGUGGUAUUUUUAUAAAUCAAACCUGUCUUUUGGUGUUCAAGGUUUUUGCAGAGUCCUGUUAGAUUUGUAUUGGCUAGUUAAAUGUUCUUAUAAUCAUAGUCUUAUGUGAACCACCAUUUCUUUCUUAUUUUUUGUUUUCUGUUCUAAUGAAAGCCAGUUGGAGCUCUUAGAGGCAUCGUGCGCUGCACUCUGUGAGCAAUAGCAACACCCCUCUAGUGCCCGGAUGUUAGCAAGACACGGCUGCUAGCAGAUUGUUUGGUUUUUAGUGUGAGUAUUUGUAUUUGUUUCUUGUACAAGGUGAACAUAUAGCAUUCAGUGCAGUUCAAAUAAAAAAAAUGCUGUUC